AUGACGAGGCUGGUCAUUUUUCUAGCCCAACAGCGGACCAUCUCGACUUCUGAUUCAGCUAGUGACGAAGCAAAUUCAGAGAAGCAAUCCUCCUGGGCGUCGGAAUUUAAUGACAUCUAUCACCACGGCUCUCUCGCUCCUGGCUCGGGGGAGUGCCUAUGGGAAGCCGGGUUUCACGACAUAGCAACAGAAUACGACAAUCAAACCCCCUUAUGGAGGCACAUUACCCACAUGAAGCAUAGCGUAGGAGGGUUCAUUGGUCUCAUGAGCUGGUUUGGUCAUCUAAAGUUUCGGGCAACGCCCGCACAUGUCAUCAUAAGAAGACUCGCCGAUGCAGCUUUGCGCUUGGGAAACCUCUUCCGGGGAAUUGACGAAUGGCUGGAGUUUUCUUUCGUCAAGAGUAUCAUCCUGGCACCUACUCGGGGCCAUUGCGACUGCCAUUGUUCCACGGAUGGCUGCACCCCACUCACUUGUGCUAUACAAGAAGCAGUCAGCGGUGCGACUAUGUCUCUUUUGGAUUACCGCCAUCAUGGGGCAGUCAGGCAGCUGCCUGAUGAACAUGAGCGGUUGAUGUGCCAAGCUCUAGAUCAGGUGUACAUCAUCGUGGAGAAGCAUAAGCAAUCACAUCCCUGGCUAGCAGUAUCGACGUUUCAGGGUUUAACGUUCAACUCUCUGAAUCUUACGCACACUUGUUGUCACAAGAUUGCCAAAUACAUCCACUGGCCCAGUUACUGCUUAGAAGACAUUCUGAAUCAGCAAGGAAUCCGCGACAUCCAUUUUACGGAGAGCCAAGGCAUCGAGAUGCUUGAGGCUCUCAUGGAAGAAUUCGAGCAGAAGUGGGAGGACUACAGUGAGCCCUUUCCAAACUUCAUUGAAGACGUGUGGCAGCUUAGAAUGGACGAAGUCAGCGGCAAAUCUUCAGAGGUAGACGAAGAAGAGAUCAAGAGGAUCAUAGAAGCUGGGGUUGUACUGGAACCUUUUGGACCUGAAAGGCCACCCGAAGAAGGAUCGUCCCAAUGGGAAACUUGA